CGCCCUGUGCUUUUUUGCAGCACUUAACGGGCGGCCAUCGUUUUCCAUCACUGCUCAUUCACAAAAACAACGUCUUGUAGUAAAAUUACCGAAGAUUUUUUUUCCUACUGAUAAAAGGUACUUUCCUCUUUAAUUCUGACUCACUGGCAAAGUUAAAGAUUCCCUGCAAAGUGAGACAAUCAAUGUGCAAUCACUCACUAACGGCGUGUCGCAGAACGUCUGUUUUUUCGCAAAGCGCCCCCCUCGCCCAGUCUAGUUGCUGAUAAAAGUACACAAAAAAACGCAGCGCACACACCGAGCCAUCGCCACCUCCAGCCAGCGCGUCAGGGCGAGAAUUCCAAUCACAUCGGACCCGCGGCACCUGCUCGGCAGCAGCAAUCCAAUCGAGCCCACCCAACCACCACCCCGGAGCGGAUAUGGACGCCCAUUCGCGUUUCGGAUCGCGAUUGCCAGGUCCUGCCAUUAAUCCUUUGGUCGAGAACUCGGACGAGCCGCAGCCCAGUCUCUCGGACCUGCACGACUUCGAGCCGAAGCUAGAGUUCGACGACACCGAGCUCCUGGCCCCCUCGCCCCUGGAAAAAGAUGUUAUGGUCGGGGACUUUGUCCUAGCCGAUGAUCCAGAACUAGAGCCCGAGGAGGAUGUGAAUCCGCUGGAGGACGACUUCGAGGACCAACUCAGGGAGCAGUCGGAAAACUUCCAGGCGGCCAAAACCAAGUGCGACUUCCUCGGCACCGACAAGCAGGGUCGUCACAUAUUCGCCAUCUAUGCAUCUCGCUUCCCCGAGAAGUCCCAGCUGGAAGCUUUCGUUCGUGAAAUCAUCAAGGAGAUUGAACCUUUUGUGGAGAACGACUACAUCCUCGUCUAUUUCCACCAAGGACUGAAGGAGGACAACAAGCCGUCGGCCCAGUUCCUGUGGAACUCGUACAAGGAGCUCGACCGCAACUUCCGCAAGAACCUAAAGACCCUGUAUGUGGUGCAUCCGACGUGGUUCAUCCGGGUCAUCUGGAACUUCUUCAGUCCGUUCAUCAGCGACAAGUUCCGCAAGAAGCUGGUGUACAUCUCCUGUCUGGACGAGCUGCGCCAGGCGCUCGGCCUCUGCAGUCUGAAGCUGCCGGACAACAUCUGCGACCUGGACGACAAGCUGAACCCCAGCCGGAAGACAUCGACGCCGCCACCCAGCAUAAAUGCAUCCCGGCAGCAGCAGCACAAAAUGGCGACGACGCAGCAAUUCGGAGUGCCCCUGAAGUUCAUUGUGAUGAACAGCCCGUGCCUGAACUCCAUUCCGCCGAUUGUGCGCAAGUGCGUGGACUCGCUUUCGAUUACGGGCGUGAUCGACACGGAGGGAAUUUUCCGGCGAUCGGGCAACCAUGCGGAGAUAAUGACGCUCAAGGAGCGAGUGAACCGGGGGGAGGAUGUGGAUCUGAAGAGCGUGAAUGUGCAUGUAAUUGCCGGCCUGCUGAAGAGUUUCCUGCGCGAUCUCGCCGAGCCGCUGCUCACCUUCGAGCUCUACGACGAUGUGACCCGGUUCCUGGAGUGGCCCAAGGAGGAGCGCUCGAGGAACGUCACCCAGCUGAUACGCGAAAAACUGCCCGAGGAGAACUAUGAGCUGUUCAAGUACCUGGUCGAGUUCCUGGUGCGCGUGAUGGACUGCGAGGACCUCAACAAGAUGACCUCCUCCAACCUGGCCAUCGUGUUCGGCCCGAAUUUCCUGUGGUCGCGCAGCACCAGCACCUCCCUGGAGGAGAUAGCUCCGAUCAAUGCCUUCGUCGACUUUGUGCUCCAGAACCACAAGGACAUCUACUUGAUCGACGUCAAUCAGCGCACGGUGAGCGUCGACUAGCGACUGGCCGCCGUCGCCGCCGCCGGCCCACCAACCCGAAGUCCGUAAUUGUAAAUUGUUUGAUUUUAAUGUUAGUCCUAAGCGUAAGCCAACCACUGGUGGAUGUAGUCCACUUAGCAAAGGAAAAUAGCACACAAAACAGAUACUAGCGCAAAGGCGAACGCAGUUUCGAGUGUAAAGUGUAUCCUACUUCUAAGUUGAAUUUUAAAAUGUGUGUGUAAGUGUGAGAACUGCUUGUGGCCCCAACUCCACGCUCUCUGCCUCCCCAUUUAUCGAAAGCAUGAUUACUAAGCCGACGCGUAGUGCGACUAAUUUACCAAAGAAAUUGGCUCGUCCCAGGGCGAGAAAAGUUCGAAUCGACAGAGAGACGUUAUUAUGUAUUAUGUAAAACACUGAACGCACAUUCCCCGAAGCCCGGAGAGGAGUCCUGGCCGUGCUGCUGAACAUGCACCUGCUGUCACAUGGAAGUGGAGUUGCGGCAAUCUCGGAAAUCGUAUAUUGUGUAGAGUUUUGAAUUUCCUUAUAGUCAUACAAGCGAUUUUUAUAUUAUAAUGGUAUUGUUAAAAAUAAAGUCAAAUGUUAAAACCA